CAAUGAACUUUAUGGAAAAUUUGUUGUAAUUAAGACUGCUAAUUAUAAAUUACCAGCGAAAUCUCUUUAUGAAAAUUUAUUCGAUGGUUAUCAAAAAGAAUUGCGACCUGUCAACAAUUAUACCAAACCUACUAAAGUGGCGUUGAAAUUCUGGCUCAAGCAGAUAUUAAAAGUUAACGCAAGAGAUCAAAUCGUAAAAGUUCAUUGCUGGCUUGAACUUUAUUGGAAUGAUGAAUUUUUAAAAUGGAACCCAUCACUAUUUAAUGGAAUCAAACAAAUCCAUGUACCCGCUGGUAGGAUAUGGGAACCCGAUAUCCUUGUUUACAAUAAUGCUAAUAUGAACACUGCUAACAAUGAACUUGAGACAAAUGCAGUCAUCAAGCACAACGGCAAUAUAAUUUUAUUCAAAUCUCUGAUAACUGAUGUUACAUGUAAUAUGAAUCUUAUCGAUUUCCCAUUCGAUCAACAAGUGUGUUAUUUAACAUUUUCAAGUUGGAGUAUGGAUAGCGGCGACAUUGAGCUUGAAGCAACAAAUAACACAGAUAAUUUGGCGAUGUAUAUAAGUAAUGCAGAAUGGUCACUGGCUGAUUUUGCUAUUAAAACUUAUCGAAAGUACUAUGAAUGUUGUACUCAACCAUUCAUCGAUGUAACCUAUUUCAUGGUAAUAAAAAGGUCGCCAUCAUAUUAUUUAUUCAGUUUGGUUAUACCAUCAGCAGUGAUAACAGUAGUAACAAUGGUUGGAUUUUUUACACCACAUUCAACAUCAGGAGAAAAUACUGAAAAAGUUUCUCUAGGGGUCACUGCACUUCUCUCAAUGGCUAUUAUAAUGAUGAUGGUCUCAGAUAAUGUGCCGACAACUUCUGAAGUAAUUCCACUAAUCGGAAAAUAUUAUAUCGGCCUUAUCUUUCUUAUAUUUCUCGCAGCGAUAACAACGACACUAACACUCACAUAUCAAAUGCGAGGAAAUUCUGGAAUUCCGAUUAACAGAUUCAUUCGAAGCCUUUAUGAAAAAAUUGCUUGUAGUUCAUUUCUAUCAUGGAUAUUUUCCGUUCAUUUCUCGAAAUUUAAUUAUGAUAACGAUAGCAUAACUUUGGAAAAGGUUUCUUUUUUAUCCUCUAAAUCAUUUAAACGUCGAAAAAUUCGGCAAGAAUGGCAACAGGCGACGCGAAUAAUUGAUCGUUUGGUUAUGAUAUUUUAUGUUCUAAUAACGAUAAUUUUUGUCGUUUACGUAUUAAGGAAAAGCCACGACGAUAUUUACUUGAAUGAUCAACUUAUGGAUGGCUUAAAAGCUGAUAUUUAA